AUGUUCACCUCCGUUCGUCUUUGCAGAGCUGUUCCCUCCACUUUCAAGUCUGCACAAUUCACAUMCAGACGUACCUUUACAGCCAGCACUUUCGUCAGAAUGCCCGAAGCACUCAAGCAGAGCGAGGUCUCCUCGCAGACCGACCCAUCAGUCGCAAAGCAGUUUGACAACGAGACCUCGACCGAGGACAAGUUCAAGGAUUUCUACACGCUGGCCGAUGGCAUGAAGAUUAGCAUGAUGUCGACUUACCGGAAUGGACUUGGCCCAGUAUCUCGCUCAAUGGCCGUCUCGAAGCGUAGUGGACCAGAUUUCCUCUACCUGGCCAACAAGCACAGCAACAAGAUGACCGACCUGUCCCAGAACAAGGAGGUCAACAUCACCUUCCACGACUCCAGCAAGCAAGAUUGGAUCUCUGUUACUGGGGAAGCAGUGACGACCAGCAGUGACGACCCGCGCAUCAAGCAGAUCUAUUCCAAGAUUGUGAGUGCGUGGUUUGGAGACUUGGGCGAUGGUGUGCACACUGGUGGACCCGAAGACCCUCGCAUGUCUCUGAUUGAGAUCAAGGCAAAGUACAUAUCCUACUACAAGUCGACUACCGGCAAGCUCAGCUCGAUGAUGGAGAUUGGUGGUGCGGUCAUGACGGGCAAAGUUGCUCAAACUGGAGACCUGAGGGAGAUGCACGAGGCUGAGAUCAAGGAAGCUCGUGAGAGGGAUAGCAAGUUGAGCUCCUAA